AUGUCCGACACCGAACUCGAUAGUCAAUUUGUGCCAACUGGCAGGCCACAAUCCCAAAUGGCGCGAUCGUUCGCUCUUGCAUUGGAUGACUUGUUCAAGCUUGACAGUAGCGAGGAUCUCGAUGCUAUAGUCACAGAGAAGAAGAACGAAAUAUCUACAAAAACCUCUGAACUCGAAGAGCUCGAGGCGAGACUCAAAGCGACCGAGGAAAGAUUAAAAGCCAAGCAAGCAGCAGUAAGCCCGGGAAGCUCCCCGCCAGGGAAAUCAACCUUUCAACAACAACGAUCUACAACAAAUCCUAUAAGCCCAUUAGAACCAAAAUUUGGGAAUGAUGUCGCAUCGCGGGGUGCUGAAGUGAGCGGAGAGGAUCUCGCAUCCAGGCCAGCAGCCCCAAAGCAAGACCAAUCAUACACGACAGCUCUUGCAUCAUCUAUUCCAGGAGCUCUACCACCUACCCCAGGUGCUAGCGAAGGUGAAUACGAACUCGAUGAUGGGGAAAGAACCAGUGCUGACUAUGUCAUUGUUACAAAAGAUGGAGAUGUUCCGCCGGCAGUUACCGAAUGA